AUGGCGCUUAGGGUCACCUUCACGUACUCAAGCUAUGUUGCCAGGAACAUUGCUUCAUCAGCCGGCGGGACUCGCGUCGGUACCGGCGAUGUCCGCUCGUGCUACGAAUGUUGGGUCCGUCCCAGGCUCUUCGGCAACAAUCAGAUUCCCGAUAUGGAUAAAUCUCCCGGCUCAAGCCCUCGUGUCCGACCAGCUUCCAUGUACAGCACCAUUGCGAGGGAAUUCCUCGAAGAAGGAAGCCAGAGUCCGCUUAUGCUAGGGAUGAUCUCCCUCAUGAAAAUGACAGCUGCUCCAGAUCUUUUGGGUAUGAACGUCCUCGGGAUCUCGCCCUUUAAGACUUCUUCUGUGAUCCCGUCGUUCCUUAGGGGCUCUAAGUGGAUGCCUUGUAGCAUUCCGGCGACACUGUCAACGGAUAUUGCUGAGAUUGGUAGGGGAGGAACGGCGUGUGAUGCAAAAGUGAAGCUGGAGUUGAGUAAUAAAGGCUCGAAUGUUGGAAACGGAUGGGUUAAUAAGCUGUUGAAUAUCUGCUCGGAGGACGCUAAGGCAGCUUUCACGGCUGUGACGGUUUCUCUCCUUUUCCGAUCGGCAUUGGCCGAGCCAAAGUCGAUUCCUUCAACGUCUAUGUAUCCUACUCUUGAUGUGGGUGAUCGUGUUAUGGCCGAGAAGGUCUCGUACCUUUUUAGAAAGCCAGAGGUUUCAGAUAUAGUCAUCUUCAAGGCUCCUCCCGUUUUGGUGGAACAUGGUUACAAUUGUGCUGAUGUUUUCAUAAAAAGGAUAGUUGCAAGCGAAGGUGACUGGGUUGAAGUUUGUGAUGGAAAGCUCUUAGUGAAUGAUACUGUUCAAAUGGAAGAUUUUGUCUUAGAGCCAAUCGACUAUGAAAUGGAACCGAUGUUUGUCCCUGAAGGUUAUGUCUUUGUCCUAGGAGAUAACCGCAAUAAAAGCUUCGACUCUCACAACUGGGGUCCACUUCCAAUAAAGAACAUCAUUGGAAGAUCCGUGUUUAGGUAUUGGCCACCGAGCAAAGUUUCGGACACAAUACACCAUGACCAAGUUAUCCAAAAGGGAGCUGUUACAGUUUCACGACCGCUACAGAUGUGUGUGGAUGAUUCCUAG